AUGUUAAUUUCAUUCAUUGCAUUGACAUUACUUCUGCUUGGGUUCAAUAUUUUGCAACGCGCAAUCAAGCUCGAAUCCUGGGACUUUAGCACAAAUCCUGUUGAAACCCAGACAGCAACAGGUAUUGACUGUCUUUUCGAGCCUCAUACGUCUGGUAUCGCAUGGACGGUGACUUCUUUCGUUGAACUACUCUUGUUCCUUCUGGUUCUCGGGAAGACUGCGCGAAUGAGGAAUGAUAAAUCCCCAAUAUGCAUAUCAAGAGGUGGUUCACCAAAUACACGAGAUAUUACCUCAUUAAUGGCGAGAGAUUCUAUUGGAUACUUCGCCAUGAAUGCGUUAUAUUUGUCAAUUUUUAUCAUGCUCAUUAUUGACGACCGAUGGAUCAGAAUAUUCUUUGUUUGUCUCAUCGGGGCGAUUUUGGUAUUUGCUGCGGAAGAAAAGGCCUCCAAUCCACGUUCCUUUAUUUUCGCCUACUUUUGUUCAAACGCGUACCAAGCAAGCGCAAUAACGAUCAUGUCAAUCCUCGCACCAAAGAUGUUCAUCAGUUUACGUGCAGAGUGCUAUGGUUCAGUCGGGAUAAUUGCGACAGAGCUUUCUUGGAAUGCUCAGGCCAUGGAUUACCCUAAUUUACAGUCCACUGCCGAUGCUACAGGAUAA